GGGCCGGCAUGGCUGCGUGGGUGGCCCUGCUCCUGGGGGUGCUGCUGGUGACCCACCGCCCCGGGGAUGCAGCUCUUCUGGAAGCCAACGGCAACCUGAGCUGCCGCUGUGCCAAGACUACCAGGGCCUUCAUCUCCCCGCGGAAAUACAGCAGCAUCGAGGUCUGGCCGGUGGGGAGCAGCUGCCGGCGCCUCGAGGUGGUGAUAAGGUUAAAAAGCCUGGAGAGGGUCUGCGUGGAUCCUGACACCCCUUGGGUGAAGAAACUCCUGCAGGACCUCCCCAACCUGAGGAAGAAAGAGCCUCCCCACAGAGGAAGCUGCCACCGACGGGACGGCCAGAUGUGCGGGGCCUGAAACUGGACCCCCCCCGUCUCUUCCCUCCAUCCCACUGUCGCCUU